AUGGCUGUUACCAAGUUGACUAUUGCUCCUGGCAUCGAUCAAUACACCUUGAUCAAUAAAAGCAAGACUUUGGCUGUCAUGGUCUUGACUUACGGCGCUGUUAUUUCCCAUGUGCUCACUCCUGACAAGACUGGCGCUGUACGCGAUGUUGUGCUUGGUUUUGAUGAUUUCGAAUCUUACAAGAAUCCUGCCAAUCCUUACUUUGGUGCUGUUGUUGGUAGAUAUGGUAACCGUAUUGGUAAGGGUCAAUUCACAGUGGAUGGCAAGGACUACCAACUGGCUAUCAACAAUGGCCCCAAUGCCCUCCACGGUGGUCUUGAAGGUUUCGAUAAGAAAAUCUGGACUGCCACCGUUGUAUCUGAAGAACCUGCCUCUGUCCGUCUUGAGCUUGUCUCUCCCGACGGCGAUCAAGGCUAUCCUGGCACAGUAACCACCCAACUCACCUAUACUGUCACUGACGAAGACGAGCUCAUCCUUGAAUACCAUGCUACAACGGACAAGGAUACUGUAAUCAACUUGACAAACCACUCGUACUUUAAUUUGUCUGGUGUCGAGCUGAACCCCAACAUUUUGGAUCACAGAGUGACAAUGACGGAUGAGGUAAAGGCUGUACUGGAGUGUGAUGGUGAUUGUCUGCCUACUGGCAAGGUGCUCAGCUGGUCUGAGGUGCCAUGGAUGAACUUUUCUGGUGAGAAUGCUGGUAAGCCUAUUGGUGCUCGCCUUGAAAACCUCCAAGGCACUCGUGGUUACGAUCAUCCUUAUGUUAUCCACAACGACUACAAGACAGACACUGCUGGUCUUCCUCUCCGUAAAGCAGCUAUUGUCUACUCUCCUGAUACUGGUAUUGAAUUGGAAUUCUCUACAACUGAGCCUGCCUUCCAGUUCUAUACAGGUGGCUGGAUCGCUUCUGACAAGAUGACAGCCAAGAAAGAUCAAGCUGGAGGCAAGAUUGGCCCUGCUUCUGGUUUCUGUCUUGAAGCAUCUCGUAAUCCUGAUUCACCCAACAAGCCUGACUGGCGUAGCGCUACUUUGCUCCAAAAGGAUGGCGUCUAUUCUCAAAAGACAGUGUAUGCUUUCCACGCUCGUUUGGACUAG